UAAUUGGCUCAUCAACGGUCGCAAUCAUGUCACUUAUGAAAAGUAUCAAUACGACUUCAAAGGAACUUGCCUAUCGAGAUAAACAUUUUCAUGACAUCCAAGUUAUCAAAAAUAGACAAGUAACAUGUACUUCUUGUGGCAAUAUAUUAAAAAUUAAAUUAGGACAUAUUUUUUCUCAUCCAUUAUUAGGAUUAUUGCAAUGCGAGACAUGCCAAAAACACUUUAAGGAUAUAGAUAAAGCAUCUGAUAAGCAAAUUUGUUGCCAUAUAUGUGGUCGAAAUAAAAAGAUAUAUGUAUGUAGUGAUGAAGACUGCUCAUCUGGGUUUUGUAAGUAUUGUAUAAAAAGAAAUACAACUUUAUCCUUACUGGAUGCAGAACAUAAAGAUUGGAAAUGCUUUAUUUGUAAUUCCAAACCACUUUGGAAGUUAAGAGCUGUAUGUGCUGCUGUAAUGAACACUUUUCCUAAAAGGUGUAACAAGAGAAGCUUCGACAUUCAAAAACGUACCUUACCAUCAUUGAAAGAAAAAAUUAAAAAAACCAUAAGAGUGCAACGAGCUUUGGAAGUAUUAUGUGAUAAAGAGGAUGACAGUACUUCUGAUCCAAGACCAUCCUUCUCUGCAAAAGAAUUUACGAGAGAAGCGAAUAAUAAAGAUCAUCGUCGAUCUCCAGCAUUAGAAAUAACCAUAACAGAUUCGUCGGAUAUAACUAGUGAAAGUGAUAUAGACAAGCGAAAGAAAACCAAAAGAGAUAAGAAAGUACAACCAAUUUCCAAUAGUACAGACUCCAAUAGUUCAUUUUACGUUUCGAAGUCAGCUAUAAAUAGAAAAAAUGUAUCGAAAAGAAAUAAAGAUUUAAGUGACUCGGACAAUAGUUUAAUUGUACUAGCGGAUGAAACGACCAAACGACAACAUACAAAAAGAUCUCACAGUAGAUCCAUAGAGAAACAAAAGAUAAGGAAUCGUACAACUGAUUCUUCUGAUAGUGAAAGUGAUAGAGAUAGUUCUACAACCAGAAUGUUGAAAAUAUUUAACAGUUCAUCAAAGCAUGCUACGCAACAAAAGAAGAAGGAUGCUGAUUCACGAAAUUCGAGAACGGCUAAAAAUAAGAUAAAAAAGUAUCACGAUUCAACUAGUAAAUCGGAUGGUGAAGACGUUGAAUGUGCAAAGCAAAGCAAAGAAAAAUAUUCUUCGAAUAGUAUCACAUCUCAUAAUAGUAACGAAAUGCAGAAACAAGAGAAAUGUGAUAACUCAAAGGGAAAACUUCUUCAGAUGAUUCGGGAGGAUAAUUCGGAUUCCAGCAGUAAAGAGUUUCAAAAGGAAAAAUUACUUCGCAACAAAUAUUCUUCUAUGAGACAAUUGAAAGAUUUAGAUGUAGAUUAUACCAAAUCAACCACUGGAGAAAAUUCUUCAAGUGAAAAAGUUAAGCAUACAAAAGAUAAUGAUGAACAGCUGGAUUUAACACUUAAUGAUAUAAAGAAAGUUUUAAAAGAAUGCAAAAGUAUAUGUUCGUCAUUCCAAAAGUAUAUUGAAAUUAUAGAAGGACUAUACGAGAAGGAAGAUGAGGAAAAUCUUCUACUUCUAUCUAUAGGAAAAGUAAACAAAUUAACGACAAUGUUGAAUAAGAAGCAGAAAGACUUGGCGACUUUCCAUGAAUCCUGGUCUAAAAGACCCAAAAGUUCCAGAAGCGCCCCGAAGAAAAUGCACAAAGAAGUCAGUUGUAACGAGCAACCUCCCGAAGAAAAAACUGAUACACACAUGAAACGUAAAAUGCAUGAGGACAAGCCUCGCAACUCGGAAAAUGAACAGGAUAGCAAAGAAGUGUCUGAAUGUGAUAGCGACGAAAUAUUUUCAGCAGAUGAAAGCAGGUCACCGCGGAAAAUAAACACAACUCGUGACACAGAUAUGUCAAAAGUGGAUAACCGAGCUUCUAGCGACGUUGACAAAACUGACGACGAAGACGAACAACAAACUACAAAUAAGUCGAAGGACAGUGAAAAAAAUAACGAGAAUUCAAGAGAUAGCUUAAUUGCUUCUCCAAUAUUAGGUACAUUGGAGCAGAAAAAGGCUAGCGCAGAAGGAUCGAAUAAACAGAUGAUUCCAGAGUGCGUUAAUAAUGCCGAUAACAAGGCGCAGUCGAAGAACAGAAAUACUGAUUCUGAGAUCGACAAAUCGGAAUUAGUCAAUCCGAAUAACUAUGAUAACAAAACUGAUGAUUCUUCUUUGAAGGAGAUUAAUGAGAAAGCGACAUCACAAGACAAAAACGCACGAAAUAAUCUCACAGCCGUCAAAUAUAUGAUCAAUGAAUCGAUAGACGAUAUGUUUGAAUCUUCUUUCGAAUCCGAGCAUGUGAAAGACAAUCCGCAAGGAACGGACAUAGAAACGCACAAUGAUAAAGCGGAACAUACAACUAAACUUACAAAUAUCGAUACUCGCGAUACUUCCUUAAAAGAAGAAGCUAAUCAUGCAGCUGGUGAUUUCGAGAAUGACAAAAUUCAAGGCGAAAAUACAGGGAGCAAGACAUUUUCGCCUGAACGUAAUGAAAAAGAAAUGGGUUCAAUGAGUCACAAUAAUCCCGAGGAAAUAACGCUUGCGACAAACAAUGAGAAUGGUGAUAACGUUAAUAAUUCGAGGCAAGAAAAAGCAGUAUCUGAAAAAGUAGACGCCGAUGACACGGAAUCUCUCGAAAUGGCUGAAGCGUUGGCGAAGGAGACUUUAUUAGAAUCAGAUUCUGAGAACGCCACGUCGAACGGUUCGCCGCACGACGCAAGUCUGACUAAAAAGAACAGAAAGGAAGGCGAAACGCAAGAGAUUGAUUCCGAUGUCAGUACAGUAAUCGUAUUUAGGUCUCCGAAAAAUAAAAAUGCAGCGGAUGAUACCAACGUAGAAGUUGAGACUAACGCUAUCAAGAGUAACGUUAGCAAGAGUAAUGAUAAACCGAACAAAGAUACUUGUGAUAAGACGACGAGUUCCUCGGAUGAGGAUGUCAAAGCCGAAGAAGCCGCCAAGAAAGCUCUCUUGGCGUGCAGCACUUCUGACGAUUCCACAACAUCACAGUCACGAAAGGUGGAAGAGGCUGCUACUAAUAGUAAGAAAAGCGAAUUGGACGCCAAUAUUAAAGCGAAGAAAGCACUUUUGGCAUCCUCUAAUAGCGAUAGUUCUUCCGAUGUUCAGAUAUCUGAAACGGACGCUAACAUCUCUGGUAACGGAAGAAAGAACAAACGCAACCGCGAGCACGAUUCCGACUCGAACUCGAUGCUCUCCACAGUGAAGAGAAGAAGACUGCAUCUCCACAAAAAUGUCCAUUAUAUGAACGAUACAAAAUUGAGAAUGACCUGCGAAGUCCGCGUAACGUCAUUAUCCAAGAAGAUCCUUAAACGCUAUGCACACGCGUUGCAAAAAUCGAAGCAAUAUCUGGAACAUAAAACGCUGAAAAGUCUUGUUAAUCUGGAUAAACUCGAAAAAAGACAUAAACAUACAAGAAAAGGCUCGGACACGUCGACAGGUGAUGAUGAUGCAUUAUCAAAAAUAUCAAGAAAGUCAAAUAAAGGACGAGGGAAACAAACAACCAAAGAGGCAGAAGAAUCUUUGAUGGAUCACUUAAAAAGGGUAGAAAAUGAUGAUUUAUCGACCAUACAAACGGUUUAUAGUUCCGAUGAAUCUGUUGAUCGAGUAGCAAAAGUAGAUGCUGCGCCUAUGUCUAAUGAAGCUCUAAUGUUAGAGGCGAAUAAAGCCGCGAAACAGAAUUUGUUAAAUUCUGAUUCGGAUGAUAUGGAAAAGGCAAUGGUAUCGGACAAUGACAACAGUACAAACCACGACGAUAAAAAUGAAAAGACGGAAGAUAAGAAGAAGAAAUCUCAGAAAAAGUCUGAAGAGAAAAAUUCAAAGCAAGAAUUGAUGAGUAAGAAAGAUAAAAGUGAAAAAAGUAAUUGGAGAAGAAGUAAAAUAUUAACGAUGAAAUUGUCCGAUACUGAUUCUGAAGCUGAAAGGGGGAAAUGGGAGAAAAAGCAAGAAAAAUUAAUAAAAAAACAGGAAAUUAAUACCGAUUCUGACGAAGGGGAAGAAUCUAUGAUCAAGAGGAAGAAGAAGAAGGGUGGACGGAGAAUUUUAUAUUCUGAUUCGGAUGUCAAGUUGACGGAUUGCGAUUCAAAUGAUUCCUCCAAAGCAUCAGACACAAAAAGAAAUUCAAGCGAUUCCGUUAUUUCGCUGGGAUCAGUCAACGCAAAGAAAGACAAAGAGAAACUGAAACGGAAAGGACGCAAACGUCGCGAUAGCAAGUCGUCAGAUACGGAUUCAUCGUUCGAAGAGAAGAGAUCGAAACCGAAGCGGAAGCGAAUUAAAAAAAUGGCGUCUGAUAGUGAUAGUAGCGACACGAUACAAACUUCCCAAGGUACACCCGGCAAAAGUGGCCGAAAGAACAUUCGAAAAGUUCUGAAAGAUAAGCAAGUAGCGGAGGACACGAAACAGGCCGCUAAGGAAGAAGAGGAGAGGCUCAAACGUAUCGCCGAACGUCAAGCUCUGUACAAUGAAAUGUACGAGAUGAGACUCGCAGGAGAAGAAAAAAUAGACAAACUUGUCCUGGACUUUGAUACAGAGACGAAGGAGGAACUCGUGAGUGUGCACGAGGAUUUAGUGAAGCGUUUGAAACCACAUCAAGCUCAAGGCAUUAAGUUUAUGUGGGAUGCCUGUUUCGAGUCUCUUGAGAGAAUAAAGAGCACAUCCGGAUCCGGAUGCAUAAUUGCGCACUGCAUGGGUCUGGGCAAAACAUUGCAGGUGGUCGCUUUAACGCACACGCUCCUAAAUCACGAGACGACAGACAUUAAGACAGUAUUAAUAGUCUGUCCCUUGAGCACAGUGCUCAAUUGGGCGAACGAAUACAAAAUAUGGUUGGCGGAUAUGGACGACGAUGUUAAUGUCUACGAGCUGACCAAAUUUAAGAGGAACUUCGAGAGGAAGUGUCAGCUGCAGAGGUGGCAAAAGACUGGCGGCGUGUUGAUCAUCGGUUAUGAAAUGUUCCGCAAUCUCACUGGAUCGAAUAAAAAUAUCCGUAAGGGCAUGAAGGAAGCGUUACUAGAAUGCUUAAUCGAUCCAGGUCCAGAUCUUAUCGUCUGCGACGAGGGACAUUUAUUGAAGAACGAAGACACUGCGUUAAGUAAAUGCAUCAGAAAGGUGAGAACUAUGCGACGCAUAGUACUCACUGGAACACCGCUGCAGAAUAAUUUAAUAGAGUAUCAUUGCAUGGUGCAAUUUGUAAAACCAAAUUUGUUAGGUACAAAGAAGGAAUUCUUAAAUCGAUUUGUAAACCCAAUAACAAACGGCCAGUUUGAUGAUUCCACUGCGUACGAUGUUAAAUUGAUGAAGAAACGGGCGCAUGUGUUACACAAGAUGUUGGAAGGUAGCGUACAGAGAUUCGAUUACUCUGUGCUCACACCGUUCCUACCACCUAAGCAAGAAUAUGUCAUCUUUGUUAGACUAACGGAGACACAAAUUAAAAUGUAUCAGUAUUACUUGGAUAAUCUCGCAAGACGCCAUCAUGGGACAGGAGGAUCUCUCUUCGCAGAUUUUCAAGCGUUACAGAGGGUUUGGACGCAUCCUAUAGUUUUACGCUUAAACGCAGAGAAAAUAGAAAAAGCAAACGAGAAAAAAGGAUUUUCUAGCGAUACGGAGGGCUCGUUGAAAGAUUUCAUCAACGAUGAUUCCACCGAGUCAGAAAGCAGUAGCAGUGAAUCGAGCAACGAUAGUGACAUUCAAACUAUCGACGAAACGAAAGACAACACGAAUAUCCCGAGGCGUAAAACGAGAAAUAAUCCUGGCGUUGAAGAACCAGAACCAGAAGAACCAUCACCUAAGGAAGGAGAAGAAACGGUAGAAUGGUGGUCGCAAUUCGUGCAGCCUGAGCAUUUCGAAGACAUGAAGGUGUCAGCCAAAUUGUUACUUCUCUUUGGUAUUUUGAAAGAAUGCGAACAAAUCGGCGACAAAGUACUCGUGUUCUCACAAUCCCUGUAUUCGCUCACUUUGAUCGAGGAAUUUCUCCGACGAAUAGACGACGAGACGCAAAAUAAUAAGCAUCUGGAGUCGUUGGAUAAUCAUACGGGAAAUUGGUCUUUGGGUCUCGAUUAUUUCCGUUUGGAUGGUCAAACAUCGGCUGAUAAUAGAAGUGCAUGGUGCAGGAUAUUCAACAAACCUACCAACACGAGAGCAAGACUGUUCCUUAUAUCUACGCGCGCCGGAGGAUUAGGAAUUAACUUAACAGCAGCGAAUCGAGUAAUCAUCUUCGACGCCAGCUGGAACCCCUCUCACGACGUGCAAAGCAUAUUUCGAAUAUAUAGAUUCGGACAGAAGAAGCCGUGCUACGUAUAUCGUUUCCUUGCGGCGAAAACAAUGGAAGAGAAAAUUUAUAAUCGUCAAGUCACGAAACUCUCGUUGUCGUGUCGGGUAGUAGAUGAACAGCAGAUUGAACGGCAUUACAGUAAUCAAAAUCUGAACGAAUUAUACAAGUUUGAGGCGUAUGAUACGGAGAGACCUACGUUGAAUCUACCUAAAGAUCGAUUGUUAGCGGAGAUAUUUCUCAAGUACAAGGAUGUCGUGGAAAAUUACCAUGAGCAUGACUCUUUGUUGGAGAACAAGGCUGAAGAAGAAUUAGAUGAAGAAGAACGCAAGCAAGCCUGGUUAGAAUAUGAAGAGGAAAAGAAGGGAAAACCAAUGGUGGUAGCUUAUCCGAAUAAUGUAUUCCAGCAUCAGUACAACAUGAUGAUGAAUGCUGAACAAGCCGGCCUGUUACCUCAGAAUUUCUCUCUGCAGGCGGAAUACGAAAAUCUCCAACAGCUUAUUUGUAAAGAUUUUCCCAACGCUACAUUAGAGCAGCAGAAGAUGAUGACUAAUCGAGCUUUGGUAGAGAUGUACAAUUAUUGGGAGCGACAAGCGGUAUUACAACCUGUUGCAAACCGAGUACCAUUUCGGACUUAUCAAUCGCGGUUCCCGGUACCACAAGCCGCGACCAGUAGCAACGCGCAUCAGCAAUUGAACCAAUUGCUUACGGGGGGACAAUCGGUAAAUUACAUGAACGUAAACCAAUCCGCGCAAAGUGGAGUGAAUGUAUUACAGAAGCAAUUUACAUAUCGAAAUGUUCCGUCUAACAAUACGGGAAAGACGGAUGAUGAUAUAAUCGAGGUAGUGACACCUAGUACAAGUAAUGCCGGUGCAUUAAAUACACAAGUGGCGCAAACAGUACAACCAGCUGCUACAAACAAAAAUCAGGAGGAGUAAAAGUACUAUAUAUUUAGUUUAGUUUCUACUAAUUGAUUUAGCAUUGUGUUGAUAAGUUAUCUUUAUACGUACCGCACAUGCGCGCGUGUAUGUGUGUGAGAGCAUAUGUAGCGAUAAGGAUUCUGCAACAAAAAUAUAAACUGUAUACGAACAUCUAUUAUUUAUGUUCGAAUGUUACUUUUUUAUGUAAUAUAAAUGAAUAUUUACCAUACAUUAUUUACAUACUGUA